AUGUCUAAAUUGGAUGACUUUUGGUUGAGAGACAAGAUGUACGAUCUCUUGGGUCUGUAUGAUAAUAUCACGCAUGAUUUUAUUAAAGAAUGUGCAAAAUCCUCAACAAGUGCAACGGAGUUGAAAAAGAAAUUGAUUGAUUCAAGUUUUCCUGCCGAAGACGAAUUUUGCGAAGAGUUGCUAGCCAGAUUUGCAGGAAUCAAACCUCCCAAGCCUUCAGAAUAUGAAUUGUGGGAGAAGGAGUAAUAGGAAAAAAAGUAGAAGGAGUACGAAUUAGUAGAAGCAAAUAAGGCUUAACAAUUAUAAGUUCAUAAUCCCAAUGAGAAUAAAGAGGAGGACAAGAAGGCCAAGGAGGAGUUGCAUUAAAAAUUAUUAAAAAAGAAACCCUUGGAUAGAUAGUAGGAAGAACUGUUGAAGAAGAUUGAAUUGGAGAAAGUGAAGGAUGAAUCCAGGAUGAAGUAUUUGAAGGAAAGAGAAUUGAAAUAGUUGAAAUUGAAGCAAAUGAUUUAGAAGGACGAGGAACAAAUAUUCGAUGAGGCAGAAUUGACAAAGAAGGAAAAAGAGGAGAGAGAGUUGAAUUAAUUAAUAUUGAAGGCAGCAGAGACUCAGAAAGACAAUGACAUAGUGGUUGAAUAUUAUAAAUAGCCAGAUUUAUAUGAGGAGGACGGUAAAAUAUUGAAAGAUAAAACUGAUGUCUUGAAAAAGAAAGCUACAGACAUUAAAGCUGAAAAGCCUGAAGAGGAACAAUGGCAAUAGCACAUAUCUACAAGAGCUAAUUAACAUGUGAGAACAUGGGAUGAAAUUGAGUAAAAGAGAAUUAAGAAGUACGAAUUAUUGUAUGAAAACGCAAUAGACUUCGUUUAAUUAGAAGUAAUCAAGGAAUUGGGAAAAAUUUAAAAUGAAAAAGCAAAAAAGAAAGAAGGAAAAAGAGAAGAAGAAAAAGAAAGAUAAGAAGAAAGAUAAGAAGAAGAAGAAACAUCGAAGUUCUAGCAGCAUUCAAGUGAAGAGGAGUAACCUAAGCCUUAAUAUCCGAUGGAACCUUAGAAGCCUUAAAAAAGUGCAAUUCAGAUUGUCAAAGAAGGAUUGCCAAUCUUUAAAUUCAGAACUCAACUAUUAUCGUUGAUUAGGGACAACAAAGUCAUUGUUAUGGUUGGAGAAACAGGAUCAGGAAAGACUACACAAUUGGCAUAAUACUUACAUGAGGUUGGUUACACGAGAACAGGAAUGAUUGGAUGUACUUAGCCAAGGAGAGUGGCUGCUAUGUCAGUGGCAUCUCGAGUGGCAUUAGAAAUGGGUGUGAAAUUGGGACAUGAAGUAGGUUAUUCAAUUAGAUUUGAAGAUUGUUGUAAUGAUUCUACCAUCAUCAAAUACAUGACAGAUGGUAUGUUAUUGAGAGAAUUCAUGAUUGACCCAAUGCUAUAGAAAUAUAGUGUAUUAAUUAUUGAUGAAGCUCACGAAAGAACCUUACAUACUGAUAUCUUGUUGAGUUUAAUUAAGGAUAUAAGCAGAGCUAGGGAUGAUCUCAAGGUAGUUAUCUCUUCAGCCACACUUGAUGCAUAGAAAUUUAGUUAAUAUUUCGAUGAUGCCCCCAUCAUUCAGAUACCAGGCAGGAGAUAUUAAGUAGAUAUAUAUUACACACAAUAACCAGAAGGCAAUUAUGUUGAAGCAGCUGUCGUUACUGUUCUUCAAAUUCAUGUCACCUAAGGUGUGGGUGAUAUCUUAGUGUUCCUGACUGGACAGGAUGAAAUUGAAGAUGCUGAAGAAAUGCUUAGAACAAGAACAAAAGGAUUCUCCAAAAAAAUACCUGAACUAAUUAUUUGUCCUGUUUAUGCUGCCUUACCCAGUGAAUAAUAAGUCAAAAUAUUUGAACCUACUCCUAAAGGUUGUCGAAAAGUAGUCUUGGCUACUAAUAUAGCUGAAACCAGUAUCACUAUUGACAAUAUCAUUUAUGUUGUUGAUUGUGGAUAUGUUAAGCAAACAUCUUUUAGUCCAUCCACAGGUAUUGAAUCAUUACAGGUUGUACCAUGUUCUAAGGCUAAUGCUAAUCAAAGAGCAGGCAGAGCAGGUCGUAUAGCACCAGGAAAGUGCUUUAGACUUUAUACUGCAUGGUCCUAUAAUAAUGAAUUAGAAGACUCACCCAUCCCUGAAAUCCAAAGAACCAAUCUUGGUAAUGUUGUUUUAUUACUCAAAACUAUGGGUAUCAAUAAUUUGGUUAAUUUCGAUUACAUGGAUGCUCCACCUCAUGAAAUGUUAUUAAGGGCUUUGGAAUAAUUAUAUUCAUUGGGAGCAUUGAAUAACGAAGGUGAAUUGACUAAAUUAGGAAGAAGAAUGGCUGAAUUUCCAUUAGAUCCUAUGCUUUCAAAGAUGGUUGUUACAUCUGAGCAUUUUAAAUGUGUAGAUUAGAUUAUCACCAUUUCUGCCAUGCUUUCUGUUGGAAAUACUAUCUUUUAUCGUCCAAAAGAAAAGCAAGUUCAUGCUGAUACAGCAAAAAAGAACUUUUAUAGACCAGGUGGAGAUCAUAUGACUUUAUUGAAUAUCUACAAUUAAUGGAAGGAUUGUAAUUAUACUAAAGAGUUCUGUUAUGAAAGCUUUAUCCAAUUCAAAGCAAUGAAAAGGGCACAAGACAUUAAAGAAUAAUUGACUUCCUUGUGUGAGAGAGUGGAGAUCGAUAUUAAGGAUGAAACUCUGUCUGUUUACGAAGAUGGUGGUAUCAAUAUAAGAAAAUGCAUCACUUCUGGAUUCUUUUACAAUUCAGCUAAAAAAUAAAAGAGUGAGACCUAUAGAACACUCAAGAAUAGUCAUGAAACAUAAAUUCAUCCCUCCUCUUUAGUAUUCCAAGAAAAACCAGAGUGGGUAAUUUAUCAUGAAUUAGUGUUAACUACUAAGGAGUAUAUGAGGAAUGUAUGUGAAAUCAAACCGGAAUGGCUUUAUGAAAUAGCACCUCAUUAUUUUACAGAAGACUUUAUUAAAUCAAAUUAAAAAACAUUGCCCAAAGCAAAAAUUGAUUAUAAUCAAUUUUGA